GAAGACCCAUUUAUAGCCUCGGGGUCCACUGAUCAUAUUAAGGAGGAUUCAGUACUAAAUUUAGGAGCAGAAGAAAUUGAGACUUUUAUGUUCAGCAAUCCCGAAUUGAAUCCUCUGGGAGUUAAGAUGGAGGAGGUGGAAGCCUCAACAAGAUAUGCAUCUGAUAGUGCAAGAUUGACUCAGACUACUGGUGGGAGCUGUGGCAUAUCAUGUGAAGGAAUUUGUCACCAUGGGCUGGUCCAGGAUGAUUCGGUGAUAGACGAGGAGAAGUCAACACAUGAGUUUGGUACAGAAAAUGUGAUUAUUGAUAAGGAAUACUCAGUAGCCCCCCCAUAUGACUGUAGUAAGAGGGAAAAGGAAUUACAUCUAUAUAGCUGUGAUUUCUGCCAACAGAACUUUCCUUCAAAAUACAGACUCAUAAUGCAUGUGUUUAUGCACAUUGAUGGCAUGCAACCACCUUUGUAUGUUUGUAAGUGGUGUGGUGAGGUAUUUCACAGUAAGGUUAGUUUGAAAACACAUUUGAGAAUGAGAGAGAAUUAUCAUGGCUUAACUGCUUGCCACCAUGAAAAAUAUGACUAUAGUGAUGAGCAUCAAAGCAGUAUCUUCUUGGAUAGUGAGCCAGAAGUUUCUGUUACAGAACACAUUGAACAGUCUUCAUAUAAGGAAACGUGGAAAACUUCAAAGAAGGCCUCUAAUGACAUGUGUAACACACACAAGACAAAUGAUGCAAUAAGUGCUUAUGGAAUUUUAUCUACAGCUGUUAAUGUCAGUGCCCAGGCUGAUCUACAUAUUGCAAACAGAACCAACAAAUGUGGUAUUUGUGCCAAAUGGUUUGCUAGGUCAGGCGAUCUGAAGACUCAUUUAUUAAUUCACACUGGAAUGAAAGUUCACAAAUGUGAGAUUUGUGGGAAAUCUUUUACUUUGUUAGGCAGUCUCAAGAAGCACAUUAAUUCACACUGGAAACAAACCUCACAAAUGUGA